UAACAUUUCCGUAGUGGAGAGAGAGAGAGACGGAGAGAGAGAAGAGACAAAGCAGGAAGGAAGAGAGAGAACGAUGGAUAGAGUUUUCUCAGUGGACGACAUAGCUGAGCCUUUCUGGUCGCCGCACGCUCCUCCGAUUCCUGAGGAGGACGACGACGCCGCGGCGGCGGCGGAGGCGGACCACGCCUCGUCUUCGGCGGUUUCAUCGGCCUCCGCUGCCAAAAUGAUGCGGAUGCUCCGGAGUUCGUCGGAAUGGGCAUUCCAGCGAUUUCUCCAGGAGGCCGUCGCGGCGGAAAACGGAGCCGCCGGCGUGCAGUCUUCUGCGUCCUCCUCGACGAGGAAUACGCCGCAGAACGACGAUGUGGUGGAGAUCAAAGGAAGCGACCAAUCCGGUGGGGCUGAGGGUACUAGUGGCCAGCAUCCGCCGCCACCGGCGGCGGAUGGGGCUCCGCGUCACAAUAUACCUGCGGAUUCGGAGGCUUAUCAGGCGUAUUUGAAAAGCCGCCUCGAACUGGCGUGCGCCGCCGUCGCUUUGACUCGGGCAACCGGUGGCAAGGUUCCGGGUUUAUCGCCUGCAGUGGCACCCGACAAUGUGUCUCAGGCUUCUAAUUCGAUGGGGUCUCAUGUUACUAACAAAGCAAGUGGGCUGGAUGCAUCAAAGUUACAAGACAAGGACACUGGUGGACCGAUUGGCAUACCUCCACUGCCUGCUAUGUCGCAAAAAUCUGGUGCUCAGGUGAAGUUAACAGCUAGCGGAUCAUCAGGGGAUCAGUCAGAUGAUGAUGAAGCAGAGGGAGAAAAUGAAACGAGUCUAAAUGCAGAUCCUACAGAUGCAAAACGAAUGAGAAGAAUGCUUUCAAACAGAGAAUCUGCUCGUCGCUCUAGAAGAAGAAAACAAGCCCAUUUGACUGAGCUUGAGACACAGGUUUCUCAAUUAAAAGUCGAGAACUCAUCUUUGCUCAAGCGGCUAACGGACAUAAGCAACAAAUAUAAUGAAGCAGCUGUUGAUAACAGAGUUCUGAAAGCUGAUGUCGAGACACUGAGAGCAAAGGUUAAAAUGGCUGAAGAAACGGUGAAAAGAGUCACCGGCCUGAACCCACUUUUCCAAGCCAUGUCUGAAAUGUCGGCAUUAGGCAGGCCAGCUUUCUCCGGCAGUCCCGACACAUCUGCUGACGCAGCUGUCCCGGUGCAAGAUGAUCUGAACCAGCAAUACUACCACUGCCCGCAGUCUAACAACCGUGCUUCUGUCGCCGUGCAGGACCACAGGAUCCAAAACGGUUUGAUCGAUGGUAAUCCAGGGGAGAAUUUACAGCCCAACGACGCCGCUGCAGUCGGGGCGAACAAGAUUGGAAGGACUGUUUCGAUGCAGAGGGUGGCGAGCUUGGAACAUCUCCAGAAGCGUAUUCGUGGAGCGGCCGGUUCUUCCUCCGGUGGCGGCAGCGGCAGCGGCAAGCAGUAAGGCGGCGCUGUCGGAGAUCUUGACUUCCCGCCACUGCGCCGGUUUCUAAUAUGUUGCCAUUCUUCUUCUCUUGGGGAUCAAAUUGUUCCCCGGAUGACUGACUUUUAUUCUUCUUGCACUGUGUGUGACACUCUUUGACGCAUUUUACUCUUUUUUUGUUAUUUUUUCGAUUGCUUUGGUUAAUUGGUGGUGGUGUUUUUAACUUUUA